GCGGGGCAGUGCGUGGGUCCGCCCGCGGCUGCCGCUUCUGGCCGCAUGCGCGGCCAUGGCGGGGGCGCUGAGCGGAAUGUUCGGCAGCCAGCCGCCCGGGCCGCCGCCGCCGGGGCCUCCUGGCGGGCCCGGCCCGGCCGGCCUUAUCCCGCCUCCGACGGGGCCGCGCAAUCCCAACAACACGCUGGUGGACGAGCUGGAGGCGUCCUUCGAGGCCUGCUUCGCCUCGCUGGUGAGCCAGGACUACGUGAACGGCACGGACCAGGAGGAGAUCCGCACCGGUGUUGAUCAGUGCAUCCAGAAGUUUCUGGAUGUUGCGAGACAAACUGAAUGCUUUUUUCUUCAAAAAAGACUGCAGUUAUCAGUCCAGAAACCAGAGCAAGUAAUUAAAGAGGAUGUGUCAGAAUUAAGAAAUGAAUUGCAGAGAAAAGAAGCAUUAAUUCAGAAGCAUUUGGCUAAACUGCGACACUGGCAACAGGUCCUGGAAGAUAUCAGCGUACAGCACAAAAAGCCUGCAGAAAUGCCUCAAGGUCCAUUAGUUUAUCUAGAACAAGCAUCUGCCACUAUUCCUGCUCCAAUGAAGCAAACAUGAUCUUUGAUUUUACAUAUCUGAAUAUUUUCAGCAAUGCAAAGCAGUGUUCUUUUUACUUUGUAUGCUUUUUGUAUAAUGUAAUUUGUACUGCAAAUAUUGUUAAGACAAAUAAGUGAAAUAAAUUAUCUUUCUUUUUUUUUUUUUCCCCAAAAA